AUGGCGAGCCCCGAUGCGCCCGUCAACGAGGUCGAAGCCCUCCGCAAACAGAUUGCUGACCUCCAGAUUCAGCUGAAGCAGAAGACUGCGGCCGAGUCUGGCCUGAUAGCUCCAUACUCCAAGUCAUACUCCCGGGUACCCGUGCGAUCCGUGCUGCAAGCCGAUGGCGAGGGCGCGUCCCUGGCCGGCCAGACCCUCCGGGUUGGUGGCUGGGUGAAGACUGGCCGCGAGGCUGGAGCCGGAGCCUUCGCAUUCCUGGAGAUCAACGAUGGCAGCUGCUUUGCCAACCUUCAGGUCAUGGUGGACAAGGCGGUUGCGGAGAGCGUAGGAGGCUUGGGGCAGCUGACCCCCACCUCCACCUGCGUUCUCAUCGAGGGCAUCCUGUCUGAGACGCCUCCAGGCACCAAGCAGAAGGUGGAGCUGAAGGCCAGCAAGAUCGUGCACCUGGGCACCACCGACGCGGCCGAGUACCCGCUGGCCAAGAAGAAGCAGUCCUUCGAGUUCCUGCGCGAGAAGGCGCACCUGCGCCCGCGCACCAACACCAUCGGCGCGGUGGCGCGCAUCCGCAAUGCGCUGGCCACUGCCACGCACACCUUCUUCCAAUCGCACGGCUUCCUGUACGUCAACUGCCCCAUCAUCACCGCCUCCGACUGCGAGGGCGCGGGCGAGAUGUUCCAGCUGGAGGCGUUGAGGGCGGAGGUGGCGGCCCAGGGCGAGGCCGUGAAGGCCGCCAAGGCGGCGGCUGCGGCAGACAAGGCGGACAAGUCGCUGGCGGCCGAGUCCAAGGCCCAGGUCAGCGCCUUGCUGGCGCUGAAGCAGCGGCUGGCGGGCGCGGAGGAGCGCGCGCGGCUGGUGGGCGGCGUGCCGCACACGCCCUCCGGCGGCAUCGACUACUCCAAGGACUUUUUCGGCCGCGCCGCCUUCCUCACCGUCUCCUCCCAGCUGAACGCGGAGUACUACGCCUGCGCGCUGACGAGCGUGUACACCUUCGGCCCCACCUUCCGCGCGGAGAACAGCCACACCGCGCGCCACCUGGCCGAGUUCUGGAUGAUCGAGCCGGAGCUGGCCUUUGCCGACCUGGCCGACGACAUGCGCUGCGCGGAGGACUACGUCCGCUUCUGCUGCCGCUGGCUGCUGGACCACGCCGCGGAGGACAUGGCCUUCAUCGACGCCGUGAUCGACAAAGGCGCCUCCGAGCGGCUGCGCGCCGUGGCUGCCGCGCCGUUUGCCCGCGUGUCCUACACCGAGGCCGUGCGGGUGCUGGAGGAGGUGGUGGCGAGCAAGAAGAAGAAGUUCGAGUUCCCCGUGUCCUGGGGCGUGGACCUGCAGUCGGAGCACGAGCGGUACCUGACGGAGGAGGUGUACAAGGCGCCCAUCAUCGUGUACGACUACCCCAAGGACAUCAAGGCCUUCUACAUGCGCCUGAACGACGACGGGCGCACCGUGGCGGCCAUGGACGUCCUGGUCCCGCGCGUCGGCGAGCUGAUUGGGGGCAGCCAGCGCGAGGAGCGGCGCGACGUGCUGCAGCGCAGGAUCCAGGAGUCCGGCAUGCCCCUGGAGCCCUACGCGCCCUACCUGGACCUGCGCACGUACGGCACCGUGCCCCACUCCGGCUUCGGCCUCGGCUUCGAGCGCCUCGUCCUCUUCGCCACCGGGCUGGACAACAUCCGGGAGGUCAUGCCCUUCCCGCGCUGGCCGGGGCACGCCGAGUUUUAG